AUGAACAAUUUUGGAGUCAUCGAAGUCGCCAGUCAAAAGACGAAAAACGCCCCAGGAUGGGCGUACGUCCCAGAUACCGGCCUUACGCCCGCCGCGGCCGCCGCGCUACAACCUCUCAACCGCAAACGUGCUGCGCGCGACAAGGCCAAUGUCGGCGCCCCCGAUCUUACUGCCAGACAGGAUGCAAAGAUUCGGAAGGAUCUUGAGGCACUAGACAAAGAUUCACAUCGGGAUGCGCAAAUCCCCAUACCACCCAAGGCGGGUGGGACCAGAGCCCAAAACAAACACACACCGAACGUGCGCAAGAUUCUACAAUCACAAAAGACCUUUGCGAACCACUUAGACGACUAUCAAGCCUUCCUGGCACUGGCCGAGAGCAAUCCUCAACUCGCAGCUCAAGUAAACAAACCAACACCGACAACAACAACAACAACAACGGCAACAACAACAGCGAGGAACUCGCCCGCUCCAUCGACUAUCACCACCGCAACCACAGAAGAAAUCAUAACCCCAGACUCCUCAGAACCAUUUCCCCCACGUCCCGACACACCAACAUCCCUUGAGCCCUCAACAACAGCAACACCAACAACAACAGAACAACCAAAACUCCAAUCCUACCCACCAGACGGCACCAUCCUACCAGCCUACAACCGACCACCACCCACUCCCCACCCAGGCGACGACGACCCUCUGCUCGUCUCGCACGUCCCUCCCUUCCCAACGGACGAGGAGCUCCGGGCGUUGAUAACGGCUCCACCGCUGAGCUACCUCGAGGCGCGGGCGCAGUGGACCGAGGAGGAGGAGGGUAGAUACCCGGCUCGCAGGUUUUGCGAAGUGUGUGGGUAUUGGGGACGGGUGAAGUGCAUCAAGUGCGGGGCAAGGGUUUGUGCUUUGGAGUGUCUGGAGGCGCAUCGGGAGGAGUGUUUGGUUAGGUAUGGGUUGUAGGUUUACUUAGGGUUUUUAGGCGGGAAGAUAAGAGGUAAGGUAGGUAGGAGAUGUGGAAGCAGACGGAAGGAUGUGUCACUCACCUCGGCCAGUAGUACUCAUUGAUGAGUUACCAUUGAGGUCCGUCUCUACUGAAAGUCUUCAUCUGAAAGG